AACUUUAAGUAACUUUUGGAUUAAUCAAAAAACUGCUCAAAUUACAAUAAAUAUAAAUGAACAGCUUAGACAACUUAAAAAUUUAAUUUUAAAUAAUUUUGAAGAUAAUCUUGAAGAUAAUUUUAUCACAAAUGAUUUAUUUGAAGUUGAUUCUAAUAUAUUUUAUAUAUAA